GCCUGUUCAUGGCUUGAUUUUCCUGUUCAAAUGGAGGCAAGGAGAGGAAUCAGUUGGCACAGUAGUACAAGACAGUCGCUCAUUGGGGAUUUUCUUUGCUAAACAGGUGAUCACAAAUGCYUGUGCUACUCAAGCAAUACUCAGUGUGUUAUUAAAUACCACCCAUCCUGACAUYGAUAUUGGACCAAACUUGAGCUCCUUCAAAGAGUUUUCUAACACCUUUGAUAGUGCUCUAAAAGGUUUGAGUUUAACAAACUCAGAUGUAAUCAGAAGUGUACACAACAGCUUUUCAAGACAGCAAAUGUUUGAAUUUGAUGCCAAAAUCCCACAAAAAGAUGAUGAUGUCUAUCACUUUGUUGCAUAUGUGCCCAUCAAUGGACGUCUUUAUGAGAUUGACGGACUUAAAGAUGGACCCAUUGACCAUGGUGCCUGUACAUAUGAAAACUGGCUGAAUGUAUGCAGUCCUAUUAUCGAAGCAAGAAUGCAAAAAUAUUCUUCAGAGGAAAUUCGAUUCAAUCUCAUGGCUAUUAUAUCAGACAGAAAGAUGAUUUUCCUUAAACAGAUUGACACACUAAAUGCAAAGAAACAACAUUUUUUGGAAAAG